GCCGCCAGAGGCCAAAAGCGAUAUCUUUUGUCCCACUCAAGCGUUGCUAACGCCACAACGAACCAUAGAAUACGCCUCAGCUGAACGCGCUUGACUGCCACUGUUUCUUCCUCGUCGAAGAGAUCAACUUCAUACUUUGCAAACGAUGGUCGCCUCAGCAGGGAUUCUCACUCCGGACAUAUUGAACGAGUUACGGACAAAGUUUUAUGCUGAUGAUAGAAACGUCUUGGCUCAAAAUGUGUGCACCAAAUCAGAUCCUCUGGAGGCUUGUGUGUCCAGGAAACAUCUUGAAGAAACUCAACAUGUAUUCAAUCUCAAGAUUGAGGUAGAAGGCAAGCCGGUCACAAAUCAGAAGAAUUCUGGACGCUGCUGGAUCUUUGCCACACUGAAUGUCAUACGAAUUCCAUUCAUAAAACAGCACGAAUUGGACGAGUUCGAAUUUAGUCAAGGAUAUCUAUUCUUCUGGGACAAGAUCGAACGAUGCAACUAUUUCCUGCAGAACAUAGUAAAAGCAACCAAACAGGGAGAAGCACCAGAUGGACGUCUGAUGUCUUGGUUAUUAAGUGACCCCAUAUCUGAUGGUGGGCAAUGGGACAUGAUUGUUAAUCUCAUAAAUCGGCACGGCCUGAUGCCAAAAAAGUUAUUCCCUGAAUCAUUCAGCUGUGAAUCUACCAGCCGCAUGAAUAGCUUUCUGAAAAGCAAACUCAGAGAGUAUGCAAAAGUUUUGAGAGAUAUGAUAGCCGCUGGAGCUUCAGAUGCGGGAAUAGAGACUCUGAUCACUGAACAGAUGGCUGUAAUCUACAGAAUUGUUGGUAUCUGCUUAGGCAUCCCUUCAGAAACGUUCACUUGGGAAUAUUAUGACAAAUCGAAAAACUAUCAUAGCAUUGGGCCUAUUAAGCCUGUAGAGUUUUAUGAGAAAUACGUGAAACCAUAUUUCAACGUUGAUGAUAAAGUCUGCCUUGUGACUGACCCUCGACCCACUAAUCCAUAUGGUAAAGCUUAUACUGUGGACUAUUUGGGCAACGUUGUUGGUGGAAGAGCAAUUAUCUACAAUAAUCAACCGGUUGAGUUAUUGAUGAAUCUCUGUGCUAAGAGUAUAGAAAACAAUGAGUCAGUUUGGUUUGGAUGUGAAGUCAGCAAAAGAUUUGCGGCAAAGCAGGGCGUUCAAGAUCUUAAGGUGCAUGAUUUGAAACUCAUGUUCGGCACUGACUUCCAAGUUGGGUUAACAAAAGCGGACAGACUAGUGUACGGAGAAUCUAUGAUGACUCAUGCGAUGGCAUUCACAGCCGUUUCUAUCAAUGAAGGUGAGAUCAAGAAAUUCAGAGUUGAAAAUUCCUGGGGAGAUGACCGUGGUGAAAAAGGUUAUUACGUUAUGUCAGCUGAGUGGUUUUCUGAGUUUGUGUUUGAAGUGGUCGUUGACAAAAAGUAUGUUCCUGCUGACGUAUUAGCUGUAUUCCAACAAGACCCUAUUCUAUUACCAGCAUGGGACCCAAUGGGAACCCUCGCCCAAUGAUGAGUUGCUGGUAAAUCAUUACAAAUUACAAUUUAUUCUUUUAGAUCAAAGAGAGUAUAACAUUAAACGUACAGUCCGAUUAAUUUUCACACACGUAGAAUUUUGAAAGUCUCGCUCAUAUCUUUUUUUUCGGAAUCAAUGGUAAUUUUGCGGGCGAAGUGUCAUCUUAAAAUAUCUGUAUCCUUGUCGAGAGAGUUUGCAUAAAAAUCAACAGUUUGUAAAAAAAUAAAUUGACUGAAACGUCAUGAUCGUGUGUGAGUCUGAAUCGACUUGGGUAUUAUCUUGAGAAAGACCUACGUUAACGACGUGCGAUGGUAUGAGAGUAAUAUUCAUUCAUCUCAAAUCCAAAUCUAGAAGACGGCUCCAAUUCUGUGACAUCUUUCACAAUGAGCAUGAUGCGCUACUCUAACAUUAUUCUAGGAUAGUAGUGAACUAUUUGCUGUCAAUGUACUCUUCCGUAUUGCAAUAUAAGAAAGCACUGAAAUUAACUGGCUUAGAUAUCAUACCCUAAGUCAAAGUGCUGUAAGCAUCGAAUAUAUUAGUGAUAUACGGUUAAAGACUGUAAGUCUCUGAUGCGACGCUAGAUUAUUGUAAUACAGUCAUUUUACUAGUCGAUUGACCAAAGUUAGUUUGUCAGAGGCCCUUGAGUAGAGUCCUUUGAAACAGUCUGUGGUUAAAUUAUUACCCAGAUCCAUUGACCGUUGAUAUAUUCUAUUAUAAUGAAUCAAAUGCCCCUCCAUUAAAAAUUAUAGUCUUUGCGUGAACUCGACAAGUAACCAAUGUUUAUAAUACCAAUCAGCUCACAAGUGGUUAUUAUCUAUGGAAGGUUUUGCUGGUUGUCUUAUUUACAUUUCUGAUCUGUGCCAUCGCCCGUUGUGUUGCAUGCAGCAUUGUACUUGACCGCAAAUUUGAGAUAUCAGACAAUAGUUAUAUGCAGAAACCAAAUGAUAAAAUGCAAAUUAUGCUGAUAACCAUUAUUCAUGCCAUGAUAAAAAUGUAAUAUAUUCUGUUAUAAUAAGAGUAUAAUAUCGUAAUAACACUACCACCAUUAUAUAGAACUUGAAACCAAAUUAUGAUUUAACACAAUCAUAUAGCCAAGUUAUAGUCAAGCAACUGCCAGUUAAUGAUUUUAAGGACGCUGUAAGACAUAUAGGAGCUAGAGGUCGAGAUGUAUGGGCUGUAAAAUCAGAGUCAAAACAAUGAGCAUGACAAACAGGUGGUUUAUAAAUUGUUGCUUUUCCUAGCUUCAAUGAUCCGGGGUUGAUAUCGGAGUUUGUAGCUUACAAUAAUAUGAGAGAUCAUAUUCAAGAGCUGCAUCAGUGAUGUCAUCUUUUCGAAACCAAUGAAAACGUUUAUUAGGAGACGGUAGACACGAAUGUUAUUUCAAACAAUUUCUUUAUAAUUCACGUCGUAUAUGAUAUUUUUUUUUAAGAAACUUUUCAGUGGGUUUUAAUAGAUUAUCUCACUUGAUUCAGUAUUUGGAACUUAAACUUGGAUUAAUGAAUGGAAUUUUUAUACGUAUAUAUCAAUGAUUUCUUUCUUUUUUUUCAUCUUUGUGGUAUUUUCACAAUGUAUCAUUUGAAUAUAAUUGUUCAUAUUUUUGCAAGGUAUGGGCUUGUUAUCACUUUUACAUUAAUUUUUACAUAGUAUAAGUACCAUGAGCAACAAUUCAACAAUCACGUUUUGACCGAUCUUGUUACUAUGACUUUGAUGAUAUAGCCCAAAUAUCCUUAAUGAUUGUAAGGAACGGAAUUUCGUAUGUACUAUUAAAGUAUUGUGUUGUGUUUAUCAUUAAUCCAAUUUAUAAUAUCAUUUUGUUUUCAAUAAACGUUCGUGAGUCACACUA